AUGCCGCAGUCGUCAAUCGUCGCUGGCCGUUGCGCGGCACAGGUCCCGCGUUCGCGUCGAGCUCCGGCUGGCGCGAGGGCUCGGGGGGCUGACGUGCGAGUGCGAGCUGGCAACGGGGGCCCAGGGAAGCAGGACGACAAGCUCGGCCCCCCGAGCGGCGUGGACUACUACAAGGGCAUGUUCACACGUCCGCUGUCCAUGGACGAAGACGAGAACCGCGUCAGGGCCUCUGAGUCCGUCGGACGCGCGGCCAAGCUCGGGCUGCAGGCGGCGGGGGUGCUCGUCGUCCUCCUGCUCGGGUUCAUGGGCAGCAACGGCCUCCUUCCGUUCCAAAAGUGA